AUGAAGAAAUUAGUGUUGAAAUUGGAUAUGCACGACGACAAGGACAAGCAGAAGGCCAUGAAGAUCGUCUCUAGCCUUUCAGGGGUGGACUCAAUCGUGACGGACAUGAAGGAGAGGAAGCUGACGGUAACAGGGGACAUUGACCCGGUCAACGUGGUGAGCAAGCUGAGGAAGUCGUUCCGCCGGACGGAGAUCGUCACCGUGGGGCCGGCGACGGAGCCGAAACCACCGGAGAAGAAGCCGCAGGGAGAAGGCGGCGGCGGGGGAGGCGGGCAGCAGAAGAAAGACGACCAGGGUAAGGGCAAGGGCGACAAUCAGCAGCAGCAGCAGCAGCCGAAGAAAGAUGCUGCCGAUCAGGGGAAGAAGAAAGAUGGGCCGCCGUCCGGCGGCGGGAAUUCCAAAGAGGCCCCGCCCCCGCCGGCGGUCAGGGAGAUUCCCUACGGGAUGGUGAACUAUCAUGCCUACAGAAACGAAUACUACCCUCCGCCGCCCAUGACAACUUAUUACUACGCCCGGCCUGCGGAGGAAGACCCCAACUCUUGCGUCAUCUCGUGA